AUGGAGAAAGAAAACGAUGCUAUCGACAAUGCGGACGUGAGGCCGACUGCUGUUGAUGCGAAGGAAGCAUUUGAAGAAGCGCCGAGGGCGUCACUGGCUGGCCUUAACGAGAUUCAUCAGUCACUUAAUCGCGUAGACAAAAGCAUUGGAGACCUUACGAAGUCAAUACAAGGACUCAGUGCUGCUCCCAUAAAUCCAUUUGCCCCACCACCAGACUUAGUCCCCCGACCGCCAUCAAGCUCGGCUGCAUCUAGGAAAAGCUUAGAUAAUGAUCAGCCCGACGUGGAUGGGGACCUCCCUACUCCGGUACGAACCAUCCCAGAAGUGCGCAAAUGCAGUUGGGGAGAGUUCAAGAACAGAUUCAGCGAAGAGGAGGCAUGCUAUGCGAUUGAAGUUUUAGAAGCCGAUUUGCAUAUCUAUUCGGAUAUAGAAGAAGAAACAACCAACCGCAUGCGAGAGGGCGUAUUUGCCCCUGCGCCUUCUCCACCGCCCGCGCCGCCGAAGUCCGUAGCAUCAGGCUAUAUGCCGCUUCCGCCUCCACAUGUAGCCCCUAACCCAUCUGAAUAUUUUCGACCAAAACACUAUAAGGAGGAACCAUGGAUUCACCGCGUGAGAAUCAAUUCUCGUCCGAUAAUGGAAUUGCUGGGAAGCUUUAGCAGACAAGGAAGGCGGUGGAAGGGCGAGCCGCGCACGUUCCUGCGGCCAUUCCGCUAUAUUCUCUUCUUCCAUGACAAAAUGAAGAGAAGGGUAGAAGAACUCACGAAAGGAAUCUUCCAGGAGACGUCGGCGGCUCAAAGCGAGGACGAGACGAGAUCAGGAGCAGAAAGCGACUCUUCCGUCCAAGAUCAGGAACCACAGGGCAGGCCCGGGUAUGACUUCGGUACCAAGGAGGCGCAGGAAGAGCUUCGCUGCUACAUCAAGUUUGUUGACGAGCAUUUGAUACCUCCAUCUCGUCGAUUCGACCAUUCUAAUCUCACCAAAUCGCAGACUGUUCGCUUUCAUGAGCUAGAUUAUCUCUUCAAGCUCGGGCAAUAUAUAUACAUCAACAAAUCUCACCACAUAGGCAAACCGCUUGCCACCGAGCAACGGAUAAAGAGGGUCGUUAAUGUGUACACAAUCUGGCCCUGUGGUUGUAAGCUGUACGAAUGCGAACACAGAGACAGAUCGACGUGGACUCUGAGAUGUUAUUUCUUGGACCAUGAUGGCGAACGAUAUGGCGCACUUACCACCGAUCUGCAACCAUGGUUCUGGCCAGGAGAGAAAAAGGUCACCGAUUUAGACUUCUUCCCUCUGCAUUAUCUCCCACGGCAGGGACAAGCCGACUUCGAUCAAGCAAAGACUGAUGGUGCCAAUUAUGUGGAUCACCUUGUCAAACGCUACAGUUUCUAUAGUGGAUGGAGCUUGAUUAAGGGCCCUGACCUCAGAACUAUCACCGACCCCAAAACAAAUGAGCCAAUGAAAAAUCCGGAGCACGUAGAGAGUGAUGUGCUCGUAGAUCUGACGGAGGCUUUUGAUUCGAUUCCGUCCUGGAGGCCAAAUUUUGCCUACUUAGGCCCGAAACCGCCACAUAUUGAUAUGCCCGACAAGGAUGACACCCAUCGGAUCAUCAGUUGGAACAACAAGACUCGAACGAAGGUGACUUCUAUUUGGUACGAAAAGCUUCAUGACGACGCGUGGGUACACGAGGCUGAGGUAGAAAAGUUUCUCCGCACUAAACCAGCACUUUGCUUAUCACCAAGUCCUGCUCAUGCGGUACCGGCACCGUCCGGUAAUGAGCUUUCACUGCUUCCUCGGCGUAUGUAUGCUUACGCUGUGUGGGAUCGCAAGUUCCUUCCCAUCGAUUCACGGUACCUCAAGCGAACCGAAAGACAUGGUGAAGAGGGUGAAGCAUUUGAACAGUUGCAAAUACUAGACGUCAAUAAGAGGCUAAUUUCUGCACUGCUUCAAUCGCAUUUUAAGAAGAAAGAGCUCGAGUCGCAAGGAAUCGAGAUACCCACACAAGAUUUGAUACGAGGAAAAGGCAGAGGCAUCGUGAUCCUAUUACACGGUGUUCCGGGAGUGGGGAAAACCGCAACAGCCGAAGCGGUCGCGCAAAAGUGGAAGAGGCCGCUAUUUCCAAUAACAUGCGGAGACUUAGGCUUUACACCUGAGAAGGUGGAGGCGUCAUUGAAAGAGAUCUUUCGCUUAGCGCAUCUUUGGGACUGUGUUUUGCUCUUGGAUGAAGCCGAUGUUUUCAUUGCACAAAGGGAGAAGACUGGUGCUGAUCUCCAAAGAAACGCACUCGUAUCAGGUAUGUCCUCGUGA